AAACCCUCGUGAGAAUGUGGAAACUUGCCUAAAUAUAUACACAUAGUUUAUCAUAUCUUUUAACCUUUUUUCGUACAUUGAAUCUGAUAUGCCUAAUCUAUCUUUGGUGUAUGACCAAGCAUUCCGAGUGGGCUUCAGCUCGAGUUUGUAGCUUUUUCAUUUUCCAGCGGGAUGAACUUUUCCGCCCGAGGCUAAAGUGUUUACCACGCCAUCUCAUGUAUUCGCCGAGUUGCAAAAAGGGGAAGAUUUUUACGAGUCCGACAUUUCGUCACACCUUUCAAUCGAUCAGAGAAGGAGCAUUCGAACAAAAUAUGAUUCCUUGUUUCGAAAGCUAAAGACUCUUUCAACGUCGACCAUUCGGUCCCAUUCGUCCGGAAAAAAAGUAGAGCCACAGAUGCUGAACCAAAACCAGCAGACGUAUGCGUGUUUGGACAGAACCAAACAAUUUUCAUGCGAAUCAACUUUCAGACAUGCUAGUUCAGUAGUUCCCUCACACUGGAGUGGCGAUGGUGGCGCUUUUCGGCUUUUGCUUGGCGACUCUUCUUCAUCUACAAGCCCAUGCAUGCAUCGUCUAACUUGGACCAGUUUUCCUGAGCUUGUUAGCAUUGGCCCAUGAUUUCAACCAGUGUUUUGGGCUUGGCCCAGCCAUUCUCUGCUCUCUCUGUGCUCUCUCUCUCUGUGUCUCAUUGCGAGUUGGGUUCACUCUCACUGUGGUCUUUUCGCCAUGAAUCUCCUGAGAAUUCACCAUGACCGCACUCCCCUCCUCCUGCACCGCACCGCCCCUCGUCACCCCCGUCUUCCCUCGCCUCCACUUCCUCGGCCACCCAGGUUGCGCUCGCGCCCCGUCUCCACCUCCUUGUCGCUCUCCGCAAUCUGCAGCUUCAGAGCUCGCGGCGUCUCGAAACGCGCCGCGCCGGCGUACGGCGAUGAGAAGGGCGAGAGCCUCGACGGCGAGGCCGUGGAGAUGGAGGAGGACUUGUCGGUCGACGGCGUCGUGUACCAGAACACGUUGAGACUGGUGGAAUGCUCCAUGUUGGCGGCGCUCUCCGGCUUGGUGUACUUCCUCAGCAAUUCGCUCUCGAUUGAGAAUUACUUUGGUUGCUUUUUCGGAUUGCCAAUAGUAAUCUCCUCUAUGAGAUGGAGCAUUGCAGCUGGGAGGAAAACUAUGGUUGCGACAGCUGUGCUGUUACUUGUCCUCUCUGGUCCACUGAAAGCAUUAACUUAUCUGCUUAUGCACGGGUUACUUGGUUUGACAAUCGGUUCUUUAUGGAGGUUGGGAGCCAGUUGGGGUGCUUCAAUCUUCAUCUGCACACUUGUUCGAGCGCUGUGUGCCAUGGGUUAUGUUUUGAUAUCCUCAUUCUUAAUAAGAGAAAAUAUACUUGAUCUUAUCACCAUAAACCUUCAUGCUUCCAUUUCCUUCUUGUUCACUGCUUCAGGCAUCAACACAGUUCCAUCAAUGAAUCUAAUAUAUACAAUAUUUGGAGGCGUGCUUCUGCUGAACUCCAUAUUUCUAGUUUUCCUGCUACACCUACUGUACUCGGUGUUCCUUACGAGGCUUGGAAUGAGAACUUCGCUUAAACUUCCAAGAUGGCUGGAGAAGGCAUUAUAGAGUUGUUACAUCUAUUUUUUUGUUUGGGUCAAAUACAUUAACUGUUGUCUGAUAUCGAGGGGAACAGAUGCCAACUGACAAGUACACAUAAUGAGAGCCCGACGCUCUCGCAAUCACCUCUGCAAGCAGCAGCAUCUCCUCAUCCGCUAUUAAUGGUCUCCACCAGGUUGGCGUUCUCCAUAUUGCCCUGGUGCCAGUACCUCGGUGCGUUGAUUUGGAAACAUGAGAAGAAAUUAUAUACUGGCCAGUGGACUGGGCUCGAAGUUGCUGACCCUCCAAAGGAUGCAGGUGCAAUAGUAUGGACGCAUUCAUAUUGUCUGCAAACUCCUUUCCUGCAAUGCUAGAUAGUACUUCGUUUAAGAUCAAGAUUGCACGAGACUCUUGACAAGCUGUUGAUAUCAUGUAUAAGUUGGAAAAGUUCUCAUAGGUGUCUUAUAUCAUAGUCAGCUUUACAUAAAGUGCCCAGAACAAAAAUCAACAUAUCGAAUUGUAAAUGGCUCUAGGAGGAAUGUUUUUCUCCUCCUUUUCAUCAUAAA